CCGGCGAUAUGAGCGGUAGUCAUUUCCUAAGUGCCCUGCGACGAACCCUGGGACUGGGUCGAAAGCAGUUGAAGGUCGAUAGCCGGCAUGUGGUGCUCAUUACGGGCUGCGACUCGGGCCUCGGCCACUCCCUGGCCGUGUACUGCCACGAUUCCCUGCACAUGACUGUGGUUUCCUGUUGCCACAAUCUCAAGUCGGAAGGAGCCCAGCUGCUGCAGCAGCGGAGGCCCGCCGGGGAGGCAGAGUCCAGAAUGCACACACUGGAAUUGGAUCUAUUGAAGACCGAUUCCAUAGACCUGGUUCACCAGCAACUCAAGGACAUACUCUCGAUGAAUCCGGACUAUCGGCUAAAGGCCCUGGUGAACAAUGCGGGUGUGAUGUGCUUUGGCGAGUUCGAGUGGCAGUUACCGGAACAAAUCGAGAUGCAGAUCAAUUGCAACCUACUGGGCACCAUGCGACUGACCCGGGAACUGCUGCCCCUUCUGCGCCAGCAACAGGGCAGAAUCAUCAACGUGACCAGCCACUGUGGGCUGCAGGCUCUUCCUGCCAUGGGGCCCUAUGCCGCCUCUAAGGCCGGUCUGCGAUUUUGGACUGACUCCCUCCGCGUGGAACUCCAGCAGUACGGCGUGGAAGUAGUCAACUUUGUGCCCGGUUCCUUUGUCCUUGAUAGCAACAUUGCAGCUCGCCAGCAGCAGCAUGCCGAGAAAAUGAGCCAGGCCUUCAGCGAGGAGCAACAUGCUCUGUACGAUUCCUACUUCAAGGCCUUCAAUGCUUACCUGAAAAUCCUCUCCGGCUUCAAGGCCCCCAACCAACUGAAAAACGAAUCUUUGCUGGCCAAAUUCAAGGAUGCCCUUACCAACUCCCAGCCCCUAAGCCUUUACAUAGAGGAACCGUGGCGAUAUCGCCUGUACCGAUGGCUCUUUGGGAUUUGUCCCACGCCCCUCGUGGACUGGCUUACAGUUCGUUUCUGCGCCAUGCCCACAUUCGAGUCCGCCAAAAUGCAAUCCUCUUAG